GUAGGUAAUUGUCGGACAAUAACGUUGCUGUCCUGCGCUGUAUCUAACGAAGCGAAAAACGCGCCGCUAUACGGUCGAUCGGGUGAAAAGCGGUGUCGUCGUGUUUGACGGAAGAACGGUACAUAGGAAUAGUCAUGAAAGAGGAGUCGCGUUGUAAUUCGCCUGAAUCAUCGAUCGAAAAUAAUUUCAGAGUAGAGUGAAAAAAAAAUAAAACAAAAAUAGAAAGAACGGGGCCAAGAAAGAAAGAAACGCAGAAGGGGCCCCUAUAAAAAAAACAGUGCUAUACAGUAAGAGAGAGCGAGAGGGGGAGAGUGAGCUAACAAACGACGAACGAGAUAAAGAGAAAGAAAGAAAGGAAGAAAGAGAAAGAGAUAAAGAUAGAAAUAGAGAUAGAGUUAGGGAGAGUGGGACGAAGUGUUGGUUAUAAUAGUCGCAUAACACGCGAUCCUGGUGGGCACGUCUCGACGGCGCCAUAAACCGUGUGCGCCAUUCGUUCGGCAAAGCAGGUCGUUUCCGCGGAAGGGCAGAUGCCCUUACGCGGUACAUCGUAUCGUUGGUGGUUUCGUUCUUGCACGUCCGGAUCGCCUAAUUUCGCAAGAUCCGGCACGGUUAAAUCGUCCUUCGCGUUUAAACGUUCCUCGCGUUUCCCAUAUUUCACGACGAACUGUCGACCGCCCCCCCGUGGGGGGCAAUUUUUCUCUCUCCAUCGUCGACGCCGUCGUUCUUCUCCCCUUCGUUCAAUUUUCCCAAGAAUUGUCAAACCAACUACGACAACAAACAUAAGUGCAGCAGAAGCAGCAAUAAUAGAUACGGAUUUAAUCAUUACGGCAUCGUCGACAAGAAACCUAGCAAAAAUAAUAAAUAGAAGAAAAAGAACAACAAUCAAAAGAAGAAGAACGACGACGACGACGACGACGAAGACGUCGACGUCGUUGAAAACACCAAUAACGACGUCGAAGACGAAAACGACGACGACGGCGGCGGCGGCAACGGCAAGAACCAAAGCAAGAAUAACAAAAAGAAGAAUCGAAAUAACAAGAAGAACAGGAAAUAGAAUUAAUAAUAGUUUCUCUUUAUUCUUAUACGGAAUAAAUAGAACGGCUGGCAUCAUUGGUAGAAAUACGACAUCAAGUUCGAGAACAAGGAAGUGGAGGAGGACGAAGACGAGAACAAGGAGGAGAACGACGAUAGGAGCGACAGCAACGCCACCAGUACGGUCGCCAUCAGCAUCGUGAAGCAGUUGGCUGUUCUACUACUCGAAGAGAAAGAACGAGAGGAAAUGUUCGUAGGUCCGUGAGCGGCGGUACGAUCAAAUAUGGAGGCUCGGCCGGCCCUCUAAACGCGUUUGUGGACCUUUCCUCUCUGUGUCUGCAUAACCAUCCGUCGUGCGCGCACGUGUACCGUCGCGGUCAACUAUCGAGUCUGUUGCUGUUGCUGCUGCUUACUGCUAUUGCUGCUGCUGCUGCUGCUGCUGCUGCUGUUGCUGUUAUUACUACCAACACUAUCACUAUACUACUCUACUUAUUUCUUCAUCGUACUGUUCAACUUCCUUUCCUUACUUUAUUAUUAUCAUCAUCAUCAUCAUCAUUAUCAUCUUUUCACUCUAAGACGUCUCUACGUCUUCUAUCUCUUCGUAGUUUCAUUUUUGUUGAGCCUCGUCAAGCUGGAGAAUGGAGCUCCGCGUUGGAAAUAAGUACCGGUUAGGACGGAAAAUCGGGAGCGGCUCCUUCGGGGAUAUUUAUCUGGGUACCAACAUUUCAACUGGCGAAGAAGUCGCCAUCAAACUGGAAUGCAUCAAAACACGGCAUCCCCAACUUCAUAUAGAAUCUAAAUUCUAUAAAAUGAUGCAAGGAGGAGUUGGUAUACCUACGAUAAAAUGGUGUGGCUCAGAAGGUGACUAUAAUGUAAUGGUUAUGGAAUUACUUGGACCAUCGUUGGAGGAUUUAUUUAAUUUUUGUUCCCGACGAUUUACUUUGAAGACUGUGUUACUUCUUGCUGAUCAAUUGAUAAGUAGAACAGAUUAUAUUCACAGUCGAAGCUUCAUUCAUCGAGAUAUCAAGCCAGAUAAUUUUUUGAUGGGUCUAGGAAAAAAAGGAAAUCUCGUAUAUAUCAUAGAUUUUGGUUUAGCAAAAAAGUAUCGUGAUGGUCGUACACACAAACAUAUACCUUAUCGAGAAAACAAAAAUUUAACUGGAACAGCCAGAUAUGCGAGUAUAAACACACAUUUGGGAAUUGAACAAUCGCGGCGAGACGAUCUUGAAUCUCUAGGAUAUGUUCUUAUGUAUUUCAACAGAGGUAGUUUACCAUGGCAAGGUUUAAAAGCAGCUACAAAAAGACAAAAGUACGAACGUAUUUCGGAAAAAAAGAUGUCGACUGCCAUUGAAGAAUUGUGCAAGGGUUAUCCUAUCGAAUUUGCAUCCUAUUUGAAGUACUGCCGAGGAUUAAGAUUUGAGGAAAGGCCUGAUUAUUCGUAUCUUCGACAACUCUUCCGACAACUAUUCCAUGGUCAGGGCUUCACGUACGAUUAUGUCUUCGAUUGGAAUAUGUUGAAAUUUGGAAAUACCAGACAACCAACGUUGCCUUCGGUACAACAAGCACCUAUGCACUCUCAACCAACAAAUGCAGCGCUGCCAUCUGGAACUAAUAAUGAACAGGAACAUAGAUCAAGGCCGUACACUCGUCAGUGUUUGGCAAAUGCGUCGAAUGUCGCAACGAUGGGUCCAACGGUAGGAGGAACGUCAUCGAAUCUGAGAAUCAUACGGCAAAAGCGCCGCGAAGCGUUGGAUGCUCAUGGUGACCAGGACAAUCAGGACAAGAGCGAUCUGCAAGCAUCGGGUGCAGGUGGCCAAGAACGAAGGGUCAGUAUGCGGUUGCACCGUAGAGAUGCAGCUUCAGCUGCAGGAGAAAUGCAGUCUAAAUCCAAUUUUGGAAGCGCCAAUGCGACGGCAACGAUCCCACCCCUCCUGGUGGUCAGGCGGGCAAGCGUUCCACACAACAAGUGAACCACCACCACCAGCAACAACAACAACAACAGCAAUAGCAGAAUCAUAAUCAUCAACAGGAUCAACAUCAUCAACAGCAUCAGCAGCAUCAACAACAGCUACGUCGAGGUGAUGCUACUACUAGCAGUAAUCGUCGACAAGAAGCUACGUUCUUCCUACACGGUCAACAACGAUAGGUGGCAACUUCUCUUAUGCCAGCUAAUGAAAAUUGCAGUGUCGUUUGGUCUACGGUGACAACAGGAGAAGAUAAUAGAGAGAUUAGAAAGUUUUCUUUUUCUUUUUUUUUUUUUUUUCUAUGAAAAUAAUAAUAAGUCAGGGAAGAAAGAGGAUUUAUUAAAAGAAAGAGAAAAGAUCAAGAAUAUUAAUGAACAAGAACAAGAGGAGAGGGUACUGCUAUUAAAGAUGAGAGAAACACAACACAACGCACUUUUGCUAAUCCUACCAUAAAUAUGUGUGUAUUGUCAAAAGUUGCGUUGUUGUUGUCCUCUCUGUAUAUGUAAACAUUUCUUUUUUUGUCUAUUAUUUUUAUUAAUUUUUAUUUAUAGGAAAAGAAACUGAGAACGUCAUAUGUAUGUGUGUCUGUGUAUGCACCCCUCUAUGCAUGAGAACAUAUUUAUAUACAUGGGAGAGCAUGUACAUCACAUGUAUGAGAGCAAAGAUAGCCAGAAAGAAAGAAAGAAAGAGAUUUACGUACCCCCCUCCCCCCGGCCCGCCCCUUAACAAAUCAAGCAUGAAAGAGAGAGAGAGAAAGAGAGAGAUAAAAAUAAAUAGGAUUUCUCUACGUGACUCUUUUUCAUGCAAAACAAAGUGAGAGAAAAAAUAUUGAACGAUAUUAUCCAAGUGCAUUGUUGUUGGUUGUGUGAUACCGUCGUGUGGUAGUGGUGGUGAUGAUGAUGAUGAUGAUGGUCGAGUGGAAGUCGAUUAGCUUUUUUUUUAAAUGAAAGAAAGAAAGAAAGAAAGUCAAAUAUAUACAUACACAUACGUGAUGUACUAAUAUUUAGUGAUUUUCUAACGUGGGUUGAUCGUUAAAGCGUAUAUAUGCGUACGCUGUUAUAUAAAUUUACAUAUAUAUAUAUAUAUAAAGUGAAAAAAUUAUGAUGAAAUCUUAUUAUAAUAAAUUGCAAAAAGAAAAAAAGAAAAAAAACAAAACAAAACAAAAAGAAAAAGAAUUCAAAUGCGAAUGAUCAAACAAAGUUUGUAGUAGUUUGUAUGCAAGUGUGUGGUGCAACAAUUUUGUGGCACAUAUUAUCUCGAGUAUAGAAGAAUCAUUUUAUUUAAAGGAAGAAAUAAAUAAUAUCGAUUGUUUUCAUGAAAAUAAUUGCUCUUUUAACGUGAAGAGAAAAUAUUGCAAUAUGUGUCUAAAAAUAUUCAAUAAAAAUUAUUAUUAAAUACUAUGCUUGAACGAUACAGGAAGGACUCUACUAUGAUAGAAGAAGACGCAAAUGAUAUGUUCAUAUAACAUCACACACAUGAUUCGAAUAAAAUGAUAAGAAGAAGACAAAUAAUUCGUUUUACAUUUGUAAACACCAUAAGUAAGGUAACAAUGUAUUUGGAAAAUUGUAAAACUAUUUUAACUUAAUGAAAAACUUGUUUGUGCGUCGUUUGUGCGUCUCUGUCUAUAAAAAAAAAAAAAAAAAACAAUUUGUUUGUUAAUAUGAUAAUUUAACGAGGUAGCUUUUGACUCUGCUUUGUUGAAAUCACAAUGAUGAUGAUGAUGAUAAUGAUGUUGAUGAUGAUGAUGAUGAUAAUGAUGAUGAUGCUGAUGAUUACUAUUAUUAAUCCUUGAAAUCAUAAUCUAUGAUAUAUCCAA